UGGUCGAAAGAGAACAAAUAAAUAAUUGGACACGACACGAUGAGUUUGCCCUAAAGGAUGAACCACAAUCACGCGUUUCCAGCCUCUUCCUUUGUCAUUUAUAUAUAAAUACACAGAAAACGUUUCUAGCUUAAGUGCCUUCUCUCAUUCUUUCAUCGGCGCAAGCGUUCAUCUUCCUCUCUCAAACGCACGAGAGACAAUCGUAGCUUUUCGUUCGUCCAUCUUACGAGGAAGUUGGCAGUUAAAGCUGCUGGGGUUUUACAUUUUGUCGAAAGUGGAGUGUGAAGAAUCUUUUAUGUCUGAACAGGCUUCUCUCUUUCAAUCGUCUAUACAGCUUUUAGGAGAGUACUGUCCUACUUCCAGGAAGAAGUCCACUCGUCUUGGAUCUUCUUUCGAGGCCUUGAACAACACAAGCAGUUCCAGCGUUCAGUAUCUCUGUCUCUUCUGACAUUCUCCCCCCACCCCCACACUAUUUUGUAAUCAAAAUCAAAAUGGCUUUACAAAACAUUGGUGCCUCCAACCGUGACGAUGCCUUCUACAGGUACAAGAUGCCGAGGAUGAUGACCAAGAUCGAAGGUAGAGGUAACGGCAUCAAGACUAAUGUGGUUAACAUGGUUGAAAUCGCCAAGGCCUUGGGGAGACCUGCUGCUUACACCACCAAGUACUUUGGCUGUGAGCUGGGUGCGCAGUCCAAGUUUGAUGAGAAGACGGGAACCUCAUUGGUUAACGGAGCCCACGAAACUUCCAAGCUUGCGGGGCUUCUUGAGAACUUUAUCAAAAAGUAUGUCCAGUGUUAUGGAUGCGGAAACCCCGAAACCGAGAUACUUAUCACCAAGACGCAGAUGCUCCAGCUGAAAUGUGCGGCUUGUGGGUUUAUCUCGGAUGUCGAUAUGAGGGACAAGCUCACUGCUUUUAUUCUGAAGCAUCCUCCAGAACAAAAGAAGUCUUCGAAAGACAAGAAAUCUAUGAGGAGAGCUGAGAAAGAAAGGCUGAAGGAAGGUGAAGCGGCUGAUGAGGAGAUGAAGAAACUUAAGAAGGAGGCUGCCUCUAAGAAGAAAACAACUGCUGGUAGUUCGAAAGAGAAAGUUUUGAAGAAGAAAGAUCAUUCCCCACCUCCAAGCCAGUCUGAUGAAAAUGAGCAAGCGGACAGUGAAGAAGAAGAAGAUGAUGAUGAUGAUGAUGUCCAGUGGCAAACAGAUACAUCGCGGGAGGCUGCUGAAAAACGAAUGAAAGAACAGCUCAGCGCUGCAACAGCAGAUAUGGUGAUGCUGACUACGAUGGAAGAGAAGACGCCAGCAGUUGUGGAGAAGAAGUCGCUUGAAGUGCAGCAGCCACUGAAGAAUCUACAUGAGAAUGGCCAUGGCAAGAUCCCUGAAAAUGCUCAUGAAAAGCUUGUGAGUGAGAUAAAAGAGCUUCUUAACAACGGUUCAACUCCUUCCCAACUCAGAACCGCCAUAUCGUCAAACUCCGCCACUCCUCAGGAGAGGAUGGACGCCUUGUUCUCUGCUCUUUUUGCUGGCCAAGGGAAGGGAUUCGCUAAAGAAACUCUCAAGAAGAAGAAGUAUCUCGUGGCGUUGAUGAUGAUGCAAGAAGAUGAUGGAGCUCCUCGGCAGAUGGUUUUGCUUAACGCAAUAGAAUCUUUCUGCGAGAAAGCUAAUUCAGAGGCUGCUAAAGAAGUCGCUCUUGUUAUCAAGGGUUUUUAUGAUGAAGACCUUUUGGAGGAAGAUGUCAUUUUUGGAUGGUACGAUAAAGGCAUCAAAAGCUCGCCGGUGAUGAAGAACGUGAGUCCUUUUAUCGAAUGGCUCAAGAACGCGGAGUCCGAGUCCGAAGAAGAGUGAUACUUGCUCCUUUUUUUUAAGCCUGGUUUAAAAUUUGGUUUCUGUCUGCGUUUGUCUGGUUUCAGUGUGUGUCUGGAAUAAGGUACGAGGACAGUGGCUAAGCUGUCUUCACGUAAUCAGCUGUGGUCAUCGUUCUCUCUGCUGUUUUCUUUAGAUGAUCUCGUCUGUGUUUUAAAGACUCAAGACUGUUUGUUAAAGUUUCAGACUCUUUUGUUAAUGCUAUCUCUCUGUUUUAAAGCUAAACGAGUUUUUAUUUUAAAAUCA